AGGCCCUGGGGUUCAAUGUUAAAGUAUAAAGACCUUAAUUUUAAGGCAUUAAUCCAAAGACGAAAACCCAAUCAGUCAUUAAGUCCAAACUCCUCAAUGAGGCAGUCCCUCACCCAUCCACACCUAUAUGCAAUUGCAUAUCAAAAUCGACAUCACCACCGCUCGGCUUUAAUAGCUCUCUAUAAAAGCAAACACAAUCCUCACCCUCUUACUAUCUCUCUCGUCCGUGCUAAUAAAUCCUCAACAUCAACUUCAACCCCCACAAGGUCCACAAGAACAACCAACACCACAAAAAAGCUAGAGAGAAUUACUAAAGGUUUCAUUUUGAUCCCAACCCAUUCUUCUUCAUCAUCUGGGUCUCUUUGUUUUGUUCCAAAGAAGAUAAUGGUUGUGAUUGAUCAGCACGUACUCUGGACAUUCUUUGCCUCCCUCUUCGGCUUUGUUCUUCUCUACAUAAUUCGUCGUAAUAACAAUGCCAAUAACAGGAAGCUAAAGAAGAAGAAUUCUCCACAACAACGUGUCGAUAACAACAGCUUCACCGACGGAGAGUUCCGCCACGUUAAUGGCUCCGACUCCGGUACCGACGUCAUCGUCGUCGGCGCCGGUGUUGCAGGUGCCGCUCUUGCUUACACUCUCGGCAAGGAUGGAAGACGAGUUCAUGUGAUCGAAAGAGACUUGACAGAGCCGGAUCGAAUUGUUGGUGAACUGCUGCAGCCUGGGGGAUACCUGAAAUUAGUUGAAUUGGGCCUUGAAGAUUGCGUGGAGGAAAUUGAUGCUCAGCGUGUUCUUGGAUACGCUCUCUUCAAGGAAGGGAAAAAUACAAAAUUGUCUUAUCCCUUGGAAAAAUUUCAUUCAGAUGUGUCCGGGAGGAGCUUCCACAAUGGACGUUUCAUACAAAGGAUGAGAGAAAAAGCUGCUAGUCUUUCCAAUGUGAAAUUGGAGCAAGGUACAAUAACAUCCCUGCUUGAAGAAAAUAAGACUAUCAGGGGGGUUCAGUACAAAACAAAGGAUGGCCAAGAACACACAGCUUAUGCUCCUCUUACAAUUGUGUGUGAUGGUUGCUUCUCAAAUCUGCGCCGCACUCUUUGCAACCCCAAGGUAGAUGUGCCCUCUUGUUUUGUGGGUUUAGUCUUGGAAAACUGUCAACUUCCAUUUGCAAAUCAUGGGCAUGUUAUUUUAGCAGACCCUUCUCCCAUCUUGUUUUAUCCCAUCAGUAGUACAGAGGUUCGCUGUUUGGUUGAUGUACCCGGUCAGAAAUUACCAUCUAUUGCUAAUGGCAAAAUGGCCAAAUAUUUGAAAACAAUGGUAGCUCCACAGAUUCCACCUGAGCUUCAUGAUGCCUUCGUGUCAGCAAUCGAUAAAGGAAACAUUAGAACUAUGCCAAAUAGAAGCAUGCCAGCAGAUCCACAUCCUACUCCUGGAGCCCUUUUAAUGGGUGAUGCUUUCAACAUGCGUCAUCCUUUAACUGGUGGUGGAAUGACUGUGGCCCUAUCUGAUAUUGUUGUACUUCGAGAUCUUCUUAAGCCAUUGCGUGACCUAAAUGAUGCAGCUUCAUUGUCCAGAUAUCUUGAAUCCUUUUACACCUUGCGCAAGCCAGUGGCAUCUACAAUAAAUACUCUGGCAGGUGCCCUCUAUAAGGUGUUUUCUGCUUCACCUGAUCAGGCAAGGAAGGAGAUGCGCCAAGCAUGCUUUGACUAUUUAAGCCUGGGAGGAAUAUUUUCUACAGGACCAAUUGCUUUGCUCUCUGGUCUGAACCCUCGUCCAUUAAGUUUAGUUCUCCAUUUCUUUGCUGUUGCAAUAUAUGGUUUUGGUCGCCUGCUACUACCAUUUCCUUCGCCUCAACGCUUGUGGAUUGGAGCUAGAUUGAUUUGGAGUGCAGCAGGUAUAAUAUUUCCCAUCAUCAAGGCUGAAGGAGGAAGGCAGAUGUUCUUCCCUGCAACUGUUCCAGCAUAUUAUAAAGCCCCUAGUGUUAAGUCAGAUAUUUAGAAGAAUAUGGCAAAGAUCUGUUAGCUUUGAAAUUUUUUUGUAGUAAAGCUAACCAGCUUGCAUUACGUAGUGAAGACGGGAAGAUUUGUAUGCUUCCUCCAUUAGAGUACAUAAGAUUUGAAUUCUUGAGCCCUCCAUUAGAGUACAUAAAAUUUGUAUGCUUGAGCCUUCCACUAGAGGGCAUAGUACAAUUAUUUGUUCAAACCACUACUAAGUUGUAUUUAACUGGGUGAACAAUACUUCUGUUCCAACUCAAAACAUGUAUUUCUCCUUUACGUUUAAGAAUAUUUUUUGAAUCAAAGAAGUUCCUGUUUCUUUUGA